CUAAGUCAGAAGAAUUAGGCCUAGUGUGACUUUGCAGAGUGCUUGUAUUCAUCUAUUUUUAUACGUUGAGAGAGCACUGCCUAAUCAACAACGAUGGAUUACUACAUUAGAAAGACCUUCGAAGUUGAGCAAAGGGACAGGGAUCCUACGGAAAAUGAUUACUUAAAGAAAUUGAAAAAUAUUCUCUCAGCUCCGCCCACAUUUGGCGUACCUCCUGAACCAUCUAUUGUUGUUGGUAACGUGUUUCUUGGUUCACUGGCUGAUGCGGAGAAUAUACCAAUGAUGAAAGCUUAUAGAAUGGAAAGAAUAAUCAUAUGCGAAAACGUCUCGCCAAUACGAAGAAGACGAAUUGAUGAUAUGUUUAAACCAGUUGAUAUUGAAUAUAAUAUUAUUCCGAUUGAAGACGAUGAGGAGUUCAUGGUACGGCAUUAUUUCGAAAUGGCUCACCGUUUUAUCAACGAAGCCAGAACAUUGGGUCAUAGGGUACUAAUAGCAUGCCCUGGAGUGAGUCGAUCCGGAGUUUUAGCCUUGUCCUACUUAAUAUCACAAGGUUUCACCCUAUUUGAAGCGACUAGAUCGCUGAAGGACAAACGUCGAUUACUUUUAUGUAACGAAGGCUUUAUGAAGCAAUUAGUUUCAUACGCUAGGGAAAAAUGUAGAUUGGAUAAUCUGGAGGGAAUAUCGGCUCCAGAAUACGGCAGACCCAUUGAUUUAUACCGAAUAAGAUCCGCCCAUCUGCCAGCAUUUUUAUAAUAAUAGUAAUGAAUUAUUAGCAGAGAUAUGACCUACUCUUGACCUUUCUUCCUAAAACGCACAAGAAACGUCUACCUAUUUCCUUCGUUAGACUAUAGAAUUCAAAAGGCUGUUUUAAGUCUACAUAUGUUCUUAGAAGUAUUCUAUCUAAGCGUAAUUGUUUGUAGAACAAUGUUUUUAUAGAAUAAACUUUCCCUUUUUCCAAAAACAACUUCCAAAACAAUUUUUGUGGCCUACGAGCAAACGAAGGUGGCGCCUUUGAUGUUU